GUGAGAAUGUCGGAGCAGAUCGAACAGAUGAGUUUACCUCCCGGCUGGGACUGUAGAUAUGAUGCCCGAACGGGCCGAUAUUAUUACGUGAAUCUAUUCACGAAAACGACAUCAUGGGAGGAUCCGCGCGCUCGAAUUCGCCAACUACAAACGGGGGCCCCGCUGCACAUCUCAAACGACAGCAUCUCGGUGCAGCCAGUGCAUGGUUCUCCCUAUCACGUGUACCCUUCAAGUAACUCGUUCUACCCAGCUCAGCAAGCUUUCCAGAAUCCACCUUCAGGUGUUCCCAGUCUAACAGCUAGUCCCAAUUUAACCACCAAAUUGCAGCAACCGCAGCAGCAACAACAACAACCUAUCGAGCUAUCGCCAAUAGUUCGGUCCAGCCCACACACCCCUCGAAUGGGCCUCGGGCGCAAUGCAAUGCAGGAGACGUCAUUUUCCAGCAAUGUCAGUGCCGCCGAUACCGAUGCCACCGUUGCCAAGAUCAACUCCAUGUUCCCAACCGUCCCGGAAACCCACAUUCGGAUGCUGUUGAAAAAAUACUACAACCGCGAAGCUGUCGUCAUAAGUGCCCUGCAGGUGGAGAAACACCCGCUGACCACCCCGGGCCCAUACUCGACGCCCCCGCUGCCCCAGCGCCACUUCCACAACACGGCCAUGGGUGUGGUUUCCGCCUUCCAGAUGACCCCGGUGCUGAGCGGUCGCAGCGAGGUUUCCACCUCCCGCACCGGUAGUCCGAUUCCGCGACCGGCCAGCUGUGCCAGCGGAAGCUAUUACGGCCAUGGAAGCUACUACGGCCAUGGAUCGCCGCGCAGCAACGGAUUCGACAUCCGGCACAACUCGCCGAAACCGCAUUCAUCGCCCAAGAUGAGACUGAGAUAUCUGAAGAGCUUCUUCCCGAAGGCAGAUGAAGACUUGAUUCUGGACGUGCUGGCCAAUGCGGAUAACAACGUACAAACAGCAUCGCAACAGUUGAUCAAAUUGGGCUACGAAAAACGAGAGCAAUCAGGCAAUCAGCGGAGCUCGUCUCGCAAGGGCUCCGAAAAGGAUGGCCCAUCGCAGUCGGCUGCGGAUGCCAAGCGGGCUGAAUCGCAAACGCCUCCUGCCAAACCUAAGACCCACGAGGAAAAGAAGAAAAUUAAGUCCCGGGUCCAAUCCAAGUACAAAGACAUUGCCGAGCGAAUCAUUUUGAUGGCACUGGAGAGCGUCGACUAUUCGGAAGAUCGUGCCAAGCAAAUUCUCAACAUUGUGAUCCAGGAAGACAGAGAAAAGAAGAAGAGCGUCAAAAUUGACGCUCCUCAUAAGCCGGAAGAAGACAAGGAGAAUGCCCAAGCAGGUAGCACUACGCCAAGCCGCGCCAACAGCACAUCAUCCAACUACGUGCGCCCUCCGAAAAAGGGUAAUCUAACCCCAGAUGGUCAUCCGAAAGCAACGACAAUCGAAGGUGGCAUCACCACUGGAGCAGCGGGCGUAGAAAACGAAUCAACUGCGGCAGACAACGAGAAUGCAACCGAUGCUUCCAUUGAAAUCACCACUUCCACCAAUUCCACUGCAAUCAUUAAUGGUUUACCACAAUCACCACCACAAUCACCAUCACAGCUGCAGCAACAACCACAAUCUGGCACCAGCAACGGCAAUCAAGCGCAAGCAACCGGAAGCACCGAUUUGAUCGACAGUAGCAAUAGCAAUAAUGCAGCAGCAGCAGUCGCUUCCACUUCUUCCGCAAAGCCGCAAUACCGAACUAGAGCCAAAACCGAUCACGCAAAGUAUUCUAUUUUUAGAAGCUCUUCGUCCGAGGACGAUCUGGACGGUCCGUCGCAGCAGACCAUCCCCGGAGACACGAUGGCCGUCAAUAUCCCGCGGAUCGCCAGCAAGGGUCCCAAUGUGAAGCUGUUCAAGGGACCGAACGACGAUCUGCUCCUAGCGGACUACGUCACGUGGAACGGUGCCAAUCCGGAUCUGGCCAAGGGUACGCAGAAGCUGGCACUCGGUCCGGACCGGUCGAUUCGCUUGGACCGAAGCUACACGGCUCGCGGACCGAAUUCAGACCUGUGCAAGGGUCCAGCCGCCGGUCUGGCCAAGGGAAGUAUGUACGGGCAGCUCAACUGCUCCCUGGCGGCGGACGUCAGAUGCAACUAGGGACGAUUCCGGAGCCGAUCGGCGUCGCCCCGGCUAACGAAACGCUAUAUUGUGUACCACUGAAAUCCUAUACCAAAAACCAAACGAAUCUUUGGUCGUAACUUUUGAUUGACAUUGUUAUUGUGGGUGGGUUACUACUAUUCCUUCCCCUUUCGGGAGAGCAAGAGUGCAAUACUUGAAUCGACACCGAGCGAAAACGAGUUGUCUUAAUCUACGUACUAACGCUAAUAUCUAACUUGUGUGAAUAUAUUACGGAAAGGUGUUGUUUGACUACUUGGUGGGUAUAUCUACUUAACACGCGUUUGAUCUUAUUUUAAGGAUAAAGUUUAUUUUUUUACACUAAAUAUGAUAAGGAAAUAUUAUAUACACAAGUAAGAUGGGGUAGAUGGGCAUAUAAAGGCAAGCUUCAUGAAACCAAUAGACGGCACUAUAACAAACCGGAGUUGCGGUACACCUUGUCACUAAUUAGCAGAACCGGGAAACUUAUAGCAUCAGUCAAUUCCCUAACUUGUAGACUCUUAGGGAUACAAAUGUAGAAGGUUUCGAUUUCACCUAACUAUUUUUUUUGUUUUGCGAAUAAGGUACUCUCGACUCUCGAGUAAGUUGACAUUUUGACGACUGGCUUCAAUUUCCUUUUCUAGUUCAAUAUUUUCAUGUGCGCUGACCUGUAGAUAUCGAAUUUAAAAGAUGAAAAUGAUCCUUAUUCCCUUAACGCAACACUCUCACUCAUUCAUGUAUCCUGCACACC